AUGCAUAGAGACCGCGCAAUCUAUAAUACAACCCAAGAGAAGUCCAUAAUCCUCUCCGAAGAAUCUGAUAAUGGAAUUCCAAACAAAGUAUCUCUUGGUCCUGUCUUCUUCGAAGGGUUCGAGAAUUUCCCCCAUACUCCCUGGACGUUCCAGGUGAAUCUGGCAAACAACAAAAGUAACCGGAUUGAACAUGCGAUUGCCGAGGCACGUGUGGCUUUGAGUCAUAUCCGGGGAAAUCUUUUUGCGUUCGAGAUUGGUAAUGAGCCUGAUUUAUAUCCUGGAGAUGUGAGGCCUCUGGACUAUACUGUUGCGGAUUAUGUGCGUGAGUGGAGAGAAUAUGCAGAUGCAAUUUCAACACAUGUUCUCGAGGGGAAUGACUAUGGGCUGGAAGAGUGGAGGAUGUUCCAGGCUUUGACUUUUGUUUUUGUUAUGAAUGGGUUUACGACAUACGCUGUUGGCAAUCAAGCGUGGGUUAGACUUCAAGACUCGUUCAUGACCCACACUGCAAUCGCCUCAAAUCUAACCCAAUAUACCGACGACAUAAGCCUCAUCCAUGCGCACGAUCCAAACAUCACAUUCCUCUUGGGUGAAACAAACAGUGACUAUGUCAAUCUCAAUAUGAGUCAGAUAGAGGGUGUCUUCGGAAGUUCACUCUGGCUUGUUGAUUAUUUGCUCUUCGGACUCAGUAUUAACAUCACCCGAUUCAACUUAAUUCAAGGAACAACGUUCGGCUACGCAGCCUGGGCACCAGUUGAAAACAACAACCAAGCCCCUCAUGUUCGCCCGCCACUCUACGGCCAGAUCGUUGCAGCAGAUGCAAUUGGAGACCAUCCCAUUGUCCAAGUGAAAUCUCUUGAUCUGGGCAGAGAGGAUUUAUCCGCUUAUGCGAUCUAUGAGUCUGAGAUACUGGCUCGGUAUGUGGUGAUCAAUCUUGAUGAGUGGAAUGCUACGACCUCUUAUCCUAGACCUCAUCUGCGGGUCCAGCUAAAUUUGCCUAAGCACGUGGGAAGUGCUGAGGCCAGACGACUUACUGGUCCGGGGGCUAGUGCUGAUCAAGGCAUCUCUUGGGGUGGCAUUAGUUGGAAUUAUACAGAUGGAAGGCUUGCAGAGUCCGGAAAUCGGGAGGUUGAAACUUUGAAGGUGAAGAAUGGGCUUGUUGGGCUUGAAGUUGGAUCUAGCGAGGCCGUUGUUGUUGAGCUGAGUCGUUGA